AUGUCAAAGGUAGGAUCUGCUGCUACUCAUUGGAUAAGCUGUGAUAUAGUAUUGAUCAAUGCGGAUCAAUUAUGGAAAUCUCAAAAUGGAAUGAUGCCUGAAUCUGAUGUCUGUCGAUUCGAAACAGCAGCUGAAUUGGAUACAGGUUCAUCCGAACUCGGAUUACCACCAGAAUACAUUCAAAAACUGAAAUUAGUGACACUAGGCUCACCAAUUGAAAUUGAAUCACCACUCGAUGGAAAGAAGACGAAGGUAGCCGUCUUUGGACCUGUAAUAAUUGAUUUUUGCGAAAAACAAAUAGCAGUGCCAGUCCAUGAACUUAAACAUACGCCUCGAGUGUUAUUAGGCUUGGAACCAGCUCAACUAUUAAAAAUCGAUGUAGAUUGGAUUUAUUCUAAGGUUAUCUUACCAAGCACUGCAUAUACUCACAAGGCCUAUCUUAUUGCUCCACAGGAUCUAUUUAAUCUGUUUGGAUCCGAUGGCCAUACGAUUGAAGCUUUACAACGACAACACAAGGUAUCAAUCGAAAUCAACAAUCGGAGAAAAGUCAGCAAGAUUGUUGUGAUCAUCUGUACGAAGGAAAACUAUAAUAACAUUACAGAUGCUCAAGCAGCUAUUCAGGUAAUCUGUCCAAGUCUUACUCCAGCAGCUGAAGAAGAAUGA